AUGCUACCCCAUUUCCCCUUCUUUCACUUACCAUCCGCCCUAACAGCCUGGCAACUCCGCAUUGAGCGUCCCGUGCUCUUCCAAGCCAUCAUAACCGUCACAACCUUAUCAACCCAACGAAAACUCCUACAAGCCGAAAACUUCAAAAAUCUAAUCUUCACAUCCGCCCUCACCGAAGCGCAAUCAAAUAUCGAUUUGCUACUCGGUAUACUAACAUAUAUAGCAUGGAGCACCGACGCGUUUCUGGGCCGCGCAAAUCUGCUGUCGAGAAUGAUGAUGCUUGCGAUUUCGCUGGUGUAUGAUUUGAGAUUGUUUAAACCUUCGACGCCCGAUGUGCAGCUUAUUGUCAGGCUUACGCAGGGGUAUUCGGAAGAUGCUUUGAGAUGGACACCUCAGAUGGAGGAGGCGUUGCGGAUUCUUGAGAGGAACAAGCCGUAUCCCACGGACGAGGCGUUUAUAUUUCAGGUGAGAUUGCAGUUGUUGACCCAGCGGGCCGCGCAUAUCAGAGAACAACAUGAAGCGGAUCGUGCUCGCAUAGCAACUGCUGCUGCUGCACCAGUUCCGGCAUAUUUAUAUCUCAAGUCCUUGCAAAAACAACUACAGGAUUUCAGAGACGCUCUCUCUCCAGAACUUCGGGAACAAGGCGAGCUUGUAUUCCAAUACGUCGAGCUUUACAUCGACCAAGCAUCCCGCACACUCACCCCUGAUGCCCCGCUUGGCAGCCCAUCGACAGUACAAACCAUCGACACCAGCACACUACUACCUGGCUACGAACGCAUAGACUCACUCUGGAAAUCUGUCGAAUCAAUCAAAAUCUGGCUAGAAGUCUUUUACCGAAUCCCACCGUCAGAUUGCAUAGGUCUCCCAUUUCAUUUCUGGUCUCAGGUGAUUCGCUGCACCGCAAUCCUGAAACAUCUGUCCACACUCAACGAUCCAGGCUGGGACUGUCACGCAGUACGCAAGACAGUCAAUAUAUUUUCCGUCCUGCAAUGGAUCCCGGAGAAGCUUGAUAUGACGAGCAAGGAAGCAGGGCUACAGUCUGAUGAUGAUUUAUUCAAAUUACUCUCCAAGCUCUUGACGAGAUCGAGGGAGUGGGUUGCAGCUCGAUGGAAUAUUUCUUCAGAGCGCCAUGAGAAUGAUGAUGUCCAGGUGGUCAUUGAUCAUCAUGCUCCUCGAGCAAAUGUCGGGUUUGAGGCGUCGGCGAGCAGUGCGAAUGUUGAUGGGAUUCCGUAUAUAGAUGGGAUUCCAUGGGUGCAGACAAUGGAUUUGGAGAGCGACAAGUGGUUUGAGGAUGUGUUAGGGUGGUCGCCGCCUCCCCUUCUAGCCACCGACAGCUAUCACGUUGGCUUCCCUGCGAGGUAUCGGAAGGGUCGCCUUCCGCGGAACAACCCCCCGAACACCACGUCCUACGAUCUGGACAUCAGCUCAAAAAAAAGAAAUUCUUCGUCUGACAGAGAAGAUACGCCACUUGCCGAGCAACAACCCCUUCUACCGGGCGUCCUUCUCGUCCCAGCAAUCCCAACCCUAAAAGGUCCUGGUACGAAAAGUCGCUAUUUGAUUUUCAAGUCCGAUUCAGGCGGCAGCAUCAAUUCUAUUCGUCGGCCACCUUCCUGCGACACUCCGUUGGCUCAUCCCAUGAAGUACUUCUACCAGGUGCUGAGCMCCCCCACCGCCGAUAGCCCCGGUUCGACUAUCGUCCUAAAUUAUCCCAAUCGGAAAUAUGUAUUCGGUCAUCUAGCAGAGGGUACACAGCGAGCGUUUAUCGAAAAUGGCUUUUCGUUUUCUUAUUUGAACGAUCUAUUUGUUACGGGAAAGACGAAUUGGGCAAACUAUGGAGGUACUCUGGGCAUGAUCCUCUCACUUGCCGACUCACGGGCACGUGGAGUUGGUGGCUUGAUGGAAGAGAGCAGCAAGAAAUCGGAUAAAUUGCAAUCUAUUCUGUCCUGUUUGACCAUAUACGGUGGUAGGAACAUAAGCCACAUGUUGGCGGCGGCGCGAAGAUUCAUCUUCAGAAAGUCCCUGCCCAUCUCAAUAAAGGAGUACGACUCGAAAAAUCUUGCUCGUGAUCAACAAGGUUCAGGCGGAGGCGAAGAUCCAUUCGAAACGCCCACGUUCGCGGAUAAACAAAUCAGGGUCUGGGCGAUGGCGCUAAAACCUAGCUUUGAAAGACGUUUCGAAAGUCGGUCCGGGUUCAAGAGUCCUCGAAAGCGGAGUUUGAAUGAGUUCGAAGAGCUUGAUCGAAAUGAAUAUAAAACUGCAGAUACUCUCGCCAAGGAUCAGACGUUACGUGAUAACAUUGUGAAGGACAUGUUUGACAGUGACUGGAAGCUCGACGCUCUGUAUGAAGAGAGAUUGUACGAUGUCAAACAGCCUGCGGUUAUGUUCGUUCGAAAUCCCGAAACCAAAGAUCUCGAGCGUUAUCAAGGACGUCUUCCUGACGAUACCGGUUCAGUUCCCAACAUUAAAGUCCUUGUCCGAAAACCGUGGCCUGCUGCUACGUUGGAUAGCCUUCCUGCUACUACCCCAUCAUCCGAGUCAAUUUGCUAUUUCGUCCGCCACCAUGACGUAAGAGGAGCAUUCGAUUCCAAAAAGGCGGCGGAAUUGGGCCUUCCCAGUGGCCCUGCUUAUGGUAAACUCGCGGGGGGAGAGACCGUCACUGCCGAAAAUGGCACCGUUAUCACUCCAGAUAUGGUUAUGGGACCAACACGUCGGGGUAAAACCGUUGCGUUCAUUGAUUUGCCGUCAAAUUUUUACAUUGACGACCUCAUCUCACGUCCGGAAUGGAAAUCACCUACUUUGACUGAAACACUGGCAUCCGUAUUUUGGAUUUUAGGUCCUGGAGUUGCUCAAGAACCUCGUCUUCUAGAUUUCAUUUCUAGUCUGAAGAACUGCGAACAUGUUGUAUCUUCUACCGAUGUCUGCCCCAAUCGUCUGACGAUGGUGACUGCUGCAAAAUCGGCGAUUCGUCUUGCCAACAUCAAUAGCGACAAUUUUAUCGUCCCCUAUCAUGACAAUGUCAAAGUCCCUCAGGCUGGUACACCUACUGAGCAUCAAGUGGGCGUUCCCCCCGCACAGAAGCCGCGUUGGACAGUCUCCCAACCAGGUCUUUUAUUGAAUAUGGAGCCCAAGUUUGGACUCGAUGAGAGCGAACUCAUCGCUUCACUGGAGAAUGGCGACGUUGCUCCGUCGCUGCCAAAGUCUGUUCAAAGACGUCUUAAAGUCAUUAGAAGGACACUUACCAAUCACAAAGUUAUUAGUGAGGUGAUGAAGCUGCGAGACGAACUCCCUCCCCUAGCAUUGGAGGCUGAAGUCAUUACUCUAGGCACGGGCUCAUCGAGUCCUAGUAGGCAUCGCAAUGUUUCUGCGACUCUUUUGAAAGUGCCCGGCAAAGGCUAUUACCUACUUGAUUGCGGAGAAAACACGCUUGGACAGAUGAAAAGAACAUACCCGCCCGAACAAUUCCGCGAAGUGAUGCGGAAUCUUCGUAUGAUUUGGAUCAGUCAUAUGCAUGCCGACCAUCAUCUUGGGGCCGUGGCCGUGAUCAGAGAGUGGAAUGAAAUCAAUUACGGGUCAACAUCUGGCACCGCAACGUUGUCAGAAUCCAUUGGCGAUAUAUUGAAACAAAAGAGACUUGCUGUAGUUGGCGACAAGCUGUACAUACACUAUCUGGAGGAGUACUCAGGGGUUGAGGAUUUCGGAUUUGAGAAGGUUUUGCCCCUAUCGGUUAUGCCCCCUACCAAAGACAAAUCUUUUACGUCCGUAAUUUACCGAUCUGUUCGACCCGACGGAAUUGUCAAAGAUGAUCCCAAUAAUUCGACGUGGAUUCGCCUCGACCACCCAGAAAGUCAUCUCAGUCGGCUUUUACGGGCGUCCACUGGUCUCACAAACCUCAACGCCGUCUUUGUUAAUCACUGCCGACAUGCAAUGGGGUUGGUUUUGGAAUGGGAGGAUGGUUUCAAAGUUUCUUACUCUGGAGAUUGUCGGCCAUCCAGGGACUUUGCGGAAAUGGGCAAGGAUUCUACUCUUUUAAUCCAUGAAGCUACCUUCCAAGACGAUCUAAAAGGACAAGCCCUUGCCAAGAAACACAGCACAAUAUCCGAGGCAAUAACGGUUGGAAAAUGGAUGAAUGCCAAGCUGGUUCUUCUGACCCAUUUCAGUCAGCGAUAUGCCAAAAUCAGCAACAUGAGAGACACCGGUCGCAGACCGGGGCCACAGCCUGGCAACGCCAGAGAAGCCUUCAAAGCGCAAAGGGGCACCUUAGAUGUCCCAGAUGAUGACGACUAUGUCGAUUACCACACAGAAAACCUGAUCAACCAAGCCUCGGAGGCCGAAUUUGAAGCAGCAACAAUGCCUGUCUGCAUGUCAUUCGACUACAUGAAAGUCAAGUUACGAGAUAUGCCCAUUGCACAGAUGUAUAUGCCGGCGUUCGAAAAACUCAUUACGGUUCUCGACCGACAAGCCGAUGAAGAAAGCCUGGUAGCACAAGAGCAAGCGCUUAGAUAUUUGGAGAGCAAGCAGGCAAAGAAUGGCAAGAAGAAGAAUAUCCAGAAACUGCCUACUCGUAAUUUUUCGACAGUUGCGAAGAAGUCGGCUUGGGAUGCUAGUGAGUCGGAGAGCGGUUGGACGGACGAGAGUGAUAAAGAGGAUGAACCUACUCAGAAGGGGAGUGAAGCAUUAUGA